CAACGGACCCAAAUGCGGGGGAGAAAAAAAUGACUCUUAUGAAAUUCACAUUGUUGGUACUGAAUAUUGGUUUUGUUUUGAGCCACGAUAUUUUUUUUGAUGGAAUGGAAGACGAUGAAGAUUUCUAUGUAGAAUUCACGAACAGUGACGAGAAACCAGUUAAAAAUGUUAUACCAGAUAAACAAAAAGGUGUGGUGAAAAUACCUGUAAUAGAGAAUGGUGUGAUAAAUUCGCUAAGUAUAGAUAAGGUAAACGUACCAGGUAAAGUAAAACUUCAAGAUAUGAAAAACAUACCACCCAAAAAUCCUGUUGUAACUUUGCCACCUAAGGAUAGAAUGACAAAAGUGCCGAGUCAAAAGAACAAGCGUGUGAUUAAUAAAUCAGAAAAUGAUGGUGUGAUAUACUUACCAGUUCACAAUGUAAAUAUACCAAGUAAAAAAGUAUAUCCUGUGAAUAUACCAUCUAAAAACGAACAGAAUUCAAAUGCACCGUCUUUGAACGACAAACUUGCAGAAGGUAUAAAUAAUCUGGUGGGUAAUCCUAAAGAUGUAAACGAUUUGAAAUUCAAAUUAGAUAAAAAUAUGAAAGAAGAGUCUGACAAAGUAGUACCAGAGGCUGCUAAACUACCAGGGUAUAAUCAAGUCCAUCAUUUUAUUCUGUACCUCAAUAAACCUGAUAAUGCAGCAGCAGUUCGAGGUGAAGACGACGAUGUUGUUGUUGGGAAGGUAAAACUGAAUAACGGUGAUGAAGGCUACUUAAUUUUCGAUAGCGUGAUCGGACCGAGUGAGACUGGUGAGCAUACGUUUAUUGGAAACUUCGCUGGAUAUGAACUACGUCCACAAGAUGUUAGCCCUAUAAAAAGUUACAUUAAUGAUUAUUAUGAUAAACUUAAUAAGCAUCAGAAUUCAGAGAAAAGUGAUAAAGAUAAUAAUCAAAGUAACAUUAACAAUAAUGGUAAUAAUAAUCGCGAUGUUGUUCAGAAAUACCAUCCUAAGUAUCCUAUAAAUGAUAAAAAUGAUAAGAGAAACAGUAAUAAUCAAAUCGAUCAGGAAUAUAUUAUUAAACUACUUAAUAAUUAUUUGCAAAGUGAAGAUGUUGGUGAUAGUCAUGACGAUGAUCUGAUGCAUAAAAAUCAAUUAAAUCACGAUCGUGAUGAUAAAAAUCGCGGUAAUAAGAAUCAUAUCAAUAAUAAAUACCGUCAUAUCAAUAAUAAUGAUCGUCAUAUCAAUAAUAAAGAGGUCGUUGUAGCUGUGAAUUGUCAAGACAUACCAAAUACUCUGAAAACAUUAUUUGGGUGUUAAAUGGUUAAGACCAGUAAUUUCAGUUAGGGACCAUCCGUAAAAUGCGUCACACAAUUAUUAAUAAAUGAUUUUAAGACUUGUCACAGGUGGUAACAGAGACCCCUCUUCCCCACUGGGGGGGAGGGGUCUCACAAAUGUGAUGUCACAAAUUUGUGAGACCUCUCUCAUCACUAGCGAGAAACACUAGUGAUGUCACAAAUUUGCAAUACUAUAAGUACUUAGUUUUACUACCCCACCAAUAAAAAUAGCAAAUCAGAUUAUACUAAAGAUACGCUACUUAAAUAAUUUUAUUAU